GGUUGCAGCAGGACUGACUGGCCCAGCACAGGCAGACAUCCUUGCACUGUGUGGGUGAAGUUGAUGGCCUCUCUCAACAACUAUCAGAGAUGUGUAGACGUGGACAAGGAGACAGUCCCCAGGCGCAAGCCAUUGCCAGGGCUCUUUCUACAAAGCUACAGGAAAUGAAACAUAAGAUUCAAACAGCUGUUGUGGACCGUGUUGUUGAAGAUUUUGUUGACAUCACUACUCCCCUAAAGCAGUUCACUGAUUCUGUUCUUGCACCAGAAGGUACUCCUGGCCGUGAACAAGCCUUUGACAACAGAGCUGCUUAACCUGGCUAAUUUCAGCAACAGAGCAGCCAAAACGCCCUAAUGGUUGCUGCAGGUAGUUCUGGUGGAAAAAAGAAAUUGACAAAGCUCU